AUGAGUUCAGUAGAGAGAAUAAAAGAAUAUACAGAUAUACCUUCCGAAUCAAACGGCUACAUAUCACCUCCAGCUAAUUGGCCUCAAACAGGAGAUGUUGAACUAAAAAACUUAUCAUUGCGCUAUUCUCCUCAUUCCUCUAAGGCACUAGAUAAUGUAUCAUUCAAGGUAAAAGCAGGAACAAAAGUUGGUAUUGUUGGUAGAACAGGGGCUGGGAAAUCUUCUAUUAUAGCGGCUAUUUACCGGCUUUCAGACUGGGAAAACGGUACGAUUACUAUUGAUAACAAAGACAUAAAACAUAUCCCUUUAGAGCGUUUAAGAAAUUCUAUAAGCUGCAUCCCACAGGAUCCUACUUUAUUUGAUGGAACUGUUCGAUCUAAUUUAGAUCCUUUCGAUCGGUAUUCUGAUGUACAAAUUUAUGGCGUACUAUCCAAAGUGGGAUUAAUUGAAGAAUGCGAUGAAUUGUGCUUGAUUUUUGAGCAAGAGCAGCCUAAUUUUUCUAGUCAUAAACUAAGAAAUAGAUUCAUUGAUUUGAAUACUGUUGUGAAAUCAGGUGGUUCAAACUUAUCUCAAGGGCAAAGACAACUUUUGUGCUUGGCACGAUCCAUGCUUGGUGCACGUAAUAUAAUGCUAAUUGACGAAGCAACCGCCUCAAUAGAUUAUAUUUCUGAUGCUAAAAUUCAGAAAACUAUAAGAGAAACAAUGAAAAAUACAACAAUUUUGACUAUUGCUCAUCGAUUAAGGUCAGUAAUAGAUUAUGACAAAAUUCUGGUGAUGGAAAUGGGCAGAGUCAAGGAGUAUGAUCAUCCAUACACUCUAAUAUCUGAUCGAAAUACCAUUUUUUACCGCCUCUGUAGGCAGAGUGGCGAGUUCGAAAACCUUUUCGAGUUGGCUAAAGUCUCAUUCGAUAAUAAAAGAUAA